UUACAGAAAACAGUAGUAGCAGUGUUAGAUCAGAUGGUGAAUCCUCAUUGGCCAUAUCUUCCCCAGCGACAAGAAAACUAUGAAACUGAAGAAGAGAGGGAGGCAAUUGAGGGAGUCUGGAAAACAAUUACAGAUGAUCCAUUAAACUAUCAUUUUUAUUAUCAUAUAUUGGAUGGAGACGAGGGAGGACGACCCCCAAAGAUUUUGGCUUCAGAUGGACACCAGCAGACAGAAAACAAAUAUUUUAACUGGAAAGACAAGUCUUGUUUACAUGCCAUUGCAAAGAGCAACAACAAAGUAAGUUUAACCCAAGAAAAUACUUACAAGUAGAUGCUUAGAAAUUGCAGCUGAAGUAAAUUGUGUAAUAUCACUUAAGAUAUUUAGAAACAGUUGAUGAUGCAUACUACUGCAGGGGUUUGAUUGUUAGAUCAGUCAACCCAUGCUUUGGACAGAAAUCAGUUCUUGAUUUUUAUUUUUAGGAAGCUUUGCAACAUCCUGUGGUUAGAAUGUUGAUUAAAAAAAAAUGGAAAAGUUAUGGCCACUUGUGUCUCAGGUAAAUCAGUUGUAUUAGCAGGCUCUAUACUAUAAAUUUUUAGAAAUAAUUGCAUCAUAUUUCUUUACAUAGGUGUUGAAUUAUGCAUUAAUAAACCAUAAGUACGAGGAAAAAUUCAUUUUUACCACUACACACAUAAUCAACUGGUGAAAGCACUUCCAUGGAGUAUGGUGCAGUCUUAUUGUAGUGUUCCUUAGAUCAUUGUGAAUGCAUAUAUCACUGUCCGAUCUAAGCCUUUGAUUUCUCAAAAGUUUUUUACAAAAAUAUUAGACAUCUAUAGGUUACCAAGAACUUAAUUUUUUACAUCUUCAUUUGAAUCUCAAAUCCCUUCCACUUUUCUAUUUUACCUCUGCAGAGGUAAAUAUAAUUACUUUUUUCUUUUCUGCAUGUAGCAUUCAAGCAGCGUUGUAUUGCAUCUUCUUGCUGUGUAUGUCAUAUUCCCUGCUGCAUGCCUCUACCAAACUGGACCCCACCCAUUACAGUGGUGCACUGGACUCAGUGCGUGGAUUUUGCGAGUUUGUCACUCUACUUAUGGUUGUGUUUUACAUCUGUGAGGAAAUCAAUCAAAUAAGAAUGUAAGUAAUGGUGAGGUAACAUCAGAUUGAUGAGAGCAGCAAUGUGGAAACUAGUAAAUAUUGUUAAUUAUUGUUAAGAACGCACCAAGUAUGCCUCGGUAUUACGCUCUAGAAGAGGGCAAAAAUACAGACGGAAGAGGAGCAAAAACAUGGCCGCUCUGAAGCAUCCAAACACCCCCUUUUUUUCGUUUUUCUUAUUCACUUAAAAAAAAAACAUGAACGUUUAAGCGCUUCAGAUUUUUUGUUAGCCAUUAUAACACUUAAACGGUUCAUUUGUGUUUUUUCUCGCCUUAUACAAUUGAUACGAAGUUCACAUAAUUUUUUAAACCAAAAACCUGCGUAGAAUGCUAGAAGAGGAGAGAUUUUCACGCUAAUCGUCUUAUUUCUUGCAGAGAGGGGCGUUCUUAUUUCACAGAGUGGAUGACCUUGUUUGACUGGUUAGGAAUGCUGUUGAUAUUGUGUAUAGCACCGUUACGAUACAUGGAUCAUAAAGCACAGUGGAUGGUGACAUCUUUAGCCUUCUUGUUCAACUUCCUGAGAAUAUUUAAAUUUUCAUGCGUUUCAAGGUAACGCAAAACUCCCAAUUGAUUACUGUAGUUCGAAAAGAGCACUCAUGACUGAAACCUCAUCCCUUUGCUAAUUAAUCUAACCUAAACUUGUAUCUUUCUCAGGACUACAGGAUUAUACACACAAACCCUGGCUAAGAUCGUUUUACACGACGUCACAAGAUCCAUGGCAGUUUUUAUUGUGAUAUUUUUCUCCUUCUGUGGUGCCCUGACUUUAUCACUUUGUUAUUCCGGAUCCAAAGAAAACCAAGAACUUCGGUGCGUCUCUGUUGAGUAUAUCUCCUUUGCAAAGCUAUGAGGUUGUUUUUGGAAAAACAAUUCAGGGUAUCGUUUGUUACAAGUCAAUAAAAUAUUCGAUAAUUUCCUUUAGAAUUUGUUUAAGUUGAUCUGCUCUUUACUGGCUGGAUUUUGUAUUUAUUCAAACUAUUCUCAUCCUUUCUGGCAAAAGCAAUUUACUGAUCGCGGGAAUUUUGAUGUUGAAUAUAGCGCGUGAGAAGAGCAAAAAAAAACCCCAACAUAUUAAUUUUUAAUUUUUUAUUUUGCCUUUAGUGGUUUUGGAGAGGUCUUCAUGAGCGGGUUUCGUGCACUGUCCGAGCAGUAUCCCAUGGUGCAAAAUUACUCACCUUUCAAGUACGUGACACUGAUCUUUCAAGUUAUUGCUGAGCUUCACUUUGCGCCUAACGGCUGUUACGAUUUGAGUUUUAAAAGCUAGCUCAGGGAAGCUAAGGUCACAAGUCAUAUCAGGUCUGUAAUAAGGGAGCGGUGGUGUUUAGAAAGUCUCACACAUUUUCCUCCAGUAGAUAAGCUUAGCUUUGUGAAUAUUUCUUUCCUACAGCUGGCUGUCAGUUCUUCUAAUGAUGGCGUAUAUGGGAACAGUGACUGUGAUUCUGCUCAACAUUCUCAUUGCACAGAUGAGUACAACUUACACACAGGCCAAGAAAGUCGCCCGUCUGGAAUAUGACGUGGAUCGUAUUUUACAGCUCACGCGCAUGGAGAGAUUUCCUUUUCUGGUGAGUAUCCAAUAGGUAUUUAGAAUGAAGCCGUUAGAUGAUUGACGCUAGGUGUGAUUGCGCAAAUGUGCUGCCCGCCUCGUGCAAGUGUGAAAAAUAGAGAAUGGAAGGUAGAGGUCAUUGAUUUAUUAUACAAGAACCUUUCUGUCUGUAGAAUUUACGCGUGAAGUAUUACAAAGAGGGAGACUGGAUCAGUGAAAUGAAACUUGCAAAAGGUCGGUAAUGAAAUAAACGAGAUUACUUAUUAAGACAAACCAUCAAUCACAGGAUGUUGCUAACUGAAAGCUGGAAUGGCUAUUGGUAAGAAGUACAAAUUUAGCUUGGCUACUGAAAGGAGAAGUGUGAAAACGAAAGGAAGGGCUGCUCACGUUACAAGCCCUAGUUUUAAUUAGCAAGAGCUAUGUGGCUGUUUGAGCGAACAGUUUCAGCUAAUAAUCAUUUUCCAUUUCAAUUCCUCUUUGGUGGGUGAGAGGGAGUCUCGUGAAGAGUACGUAAACGAAAAACAAUUUUUUUUUCUGAUGAUAUAAUACGUAAAGAUUUCUUUGUGUUCUCAGAUGUGAUCUUGGUUUUGUUUGUAGAGCUUCUGGAAUUCAGUGAGGAUCGCAGUCCUUGGGAGUCGGUUGAAGAGAAACUUAAUGAUAUCAGGUAUGAACAAUUCCUUCAAUUCCUGCCUUUUCUUACCAUCAGCUUCUUCAUUUACCCAGCAAUGACACAUUGAGCGCUUUUUAUCAAGUAAAAGUAGACAGCGACAAAUCGGAAGGUAAAUGUUAAAAGAAAAAAAUUUUAAAAAUCAGUCAAAAUGUCCGAAGCGCGGGAAAACAAUUAUGAUCAAGUCUAAAUCUGAUUGAUUAGCAAGAUGAAAGGAGUUUUCAAAACCAAUAAGACAACGGAGUGAAACAAAAUUGACGUGUUGGAUUUCCUAUGCAUGAGUCGUUACUUAACUUCCUUACCCACCCCGUGCUUUCACAUUUGUGUAUCAGCGGUUUUCUUAAUUGUGAUUUUCUCACUUUAGGGAUCUGAUGAGAAAGAUGGUUAAACAGAUGAGGCAUGGACGCGAAUAA